AUCUCAAUCGUCUCGUUUGCAUGUGAGUGCGGAUGGUUGAUACCAUGUUCUCAUCAUUGUCUGUUUCUUUUUCAGCCCAUCCAUUUUGGAACACCGUUGUCUAUCGCGGCCUCUCCGGUUCGGAUCAUUCUAACAUGAUCACGUGGUGGGCUUACUUUAGUCGUGUGUUUAUGGGUGUGGGCAUGCCCAUAGGCGAUAAUGAACGCAUUCGGGGAGGUUUUUACCGCGGUUCACGAUUUUUAAAUCCACUCGCUGAAUUUAUGCAUGUUCCACUGGAUCAGAUCAACUUUGUAGUCUCUGGUCUUCUAAGUAUCGUGUUUGGCCUUUACUUGAUGCGGCGACGCUAUGCUCCGGAAAACGUCACUCCACGUGCUCGGGCGGUGAUAGAAAGUAUCCUGGGACUAUUUCUCCUGUACUUCUGCUUUGGAAACCAACUACGGGUUCUUUUACUUCAAAGUACCGUUGCCUACAUCCUAAUGUUCUUUCUACCGCAAUCCCGGUUGAUGGCAGUUGUAGUUACCCUUUGGGUUAUGUUCUACAUGACCUUGGUUCAUCUUUGCCGGUGGCAGUACGACUAUGGUGGCUAUACACUUGAUAUCUCCGGGCCCGUAAUGGUUCAGACGCAGCGUUUGUCCAGCUUGGCGUUCAAUUUAGCAGAUGGCUUUGUUCUUCGUGAACGGGAACGUCGUGUGGCGACUAAGCAAGCAGCAUUAUCAACCACGACGGCACCUGGAAAAGUGGAACCACUGUCGAAUCCGGUUUCUCCGGGUGAAAUGACCCCCGCUGAUUAUGCACAGACUUCAAUGCAAUCGUUCAAGUCAAUGUUAGUACGUGGAUUGAAGUCGUUCACAGAUGUUCCGUCCCGUCGUUUGUCCGAACGUCCUGCCUCGAUCAAUGGAGUAUCAGUUCAAACUUACCUGAAUCGCCUACUUGCUAGAACGACGCAAUCAUCCCCGCAACACCAUGCCUCUGCACAAGCGGAUUUGGUGACUCGUAUGUCCUCAACUCAAAUCGAGCACGCUGUGUACACUGUUCCCGGUCCAGUUGAGUUCUUUGCCUACAACUCGUACUUCCACGGAGCGUGUGUUGGUCCGUUUGUCUUUUUCUCGGAAUAUCAAACCUAUCUGGAGGGCUACCAGAAGCACAGACUUCCUCGUAUCGACUGGCGCUAUGUGUGUCUGGUAUUUGUACGAACUACUAUCGUUGGCCUGCUAUCGGCCUACUUGUCACCGUACUUCCCUUUUGACUACGUGCUGAGCGACGCGUUUGCGAAAUCUGCGUUACUUGAGCGCAUUCUCUACACAACCGUAUCAUUAUUUCUGGUUCGGCAGAAGUACUAUUUCGCCUGGGGUUUGUCCGAACUGGGCGGAAUCAGCGCUGGGCUCGGUUACACCGGCAUUUGUCCCAAUACUGGUCGUCCCCAGUAUGCUGGUGUGCGUAAUUUUGACUUGUUCCAAAUCGAAUGUGGCGUUGGGUUGAAAAAUGUCAUUGACUCGUGGAAUAUUUCAACGACUCGUUGGCUUCGUGAAGUGUUCUACGAACGUCUUCCCUAUUUCUGCCGCACCUUUUUGGUGUUUAUUAUCAGUGCAUUUUGGCACGGAUUCUAUCCUGGUUACUAUUUGAUGUUCGUAACCUUCGCACUGUUCACCUUCGUUUCACGUAUGUGGCGACGAGCAAUGCGGCCAUUUUGUCGACAAACGGUUCUCUCCUCGUUUAUUUACGAUAUAUUUACCGCAAUACUUACGAAUAUGGUGAUCAACUAUGCUCAAGCCCCGUUCCACCUGCUCGAUUGGUCAGCCUCUCUAAUCUUCUGGUCCGCAUUCAACUUUGUACCUCACUUGAUUGCUUUGUUUCUUCUGUUCGUUCACUUUAUUCGACCACGCCUCAUGAAAUCGGUUCGCUCUGGGCGGCACCGAUUUCCAUUUAGCCACGGACGGACGGUUGGAGGUUGACCGGGGUCCACGACCGUAACCAAUAAUUGCAAUUUUAAACUGCAUUCCCGGUUUCCCUAAUCUGACCAAUUCAACCUACUCCCUGGACUCAUUUUUUACUCCAUUUUUCCCACAAUACGUUGUUUUUCAGUAUAUUCGUUGUAGAGGUUCAUCUGCUUCUUCUUCGAAGGCAUGACAGUUCUAUUAGUGUCUUGUUCUCUUAUUCCCAUUUGUGUGGUGUUUGUUCUCUUUUUUCAGACACGCCCCCUUUCACGCAGGGCAUUAUCCUAUCAGAUAUAACCAUUUUUCCGUUGAAGACUUUUCCUCUUUCUUACUGUCUUUUGCGCACUGUAAUUGGUUUCUUCACCUCUUGAUGGUUAGACUUGCCAUUGUUCGCCUUUUCCCUUUUUGAAUUUUGCAAUUGCUACGUCUUUUGACGUUAAAGCCUACUGACUAACGAAUUAAGCUUUCUGCUCCUAUCCCACCUAGAUACUGGCUUUGGUCUGUUCUGUUUGUUGUGGUCAUUUUAACUGUUUUUGUGUCGACCGUGACCAUGUCCUUUUGUACAUUAUUUGCUUCCGUAGUGGUCUGUCCUGCUUAAACGCGUUUUUCAUUGACAUUUAUGUAGGGGAGCUGUGUUCCCGCCUGCACUGUCAAUUUGCUCCCACCCGCUUAUCACUGUUUUUUCCAAACUUAUCAUUUCUGGAUCAUGAGAGUGCACUUAUUCUAAUCUCGUUUAUUCUGUGCCUAUUGUUUAGUUCUUCUCCUUUUUCGCAUUCAGAACCUAAUACUAAUCUAAUACUCUCGCCCAUCGUCUGAAGAUCAUUCCCCCUGAUUGUUUCUCUUUCUUAACUGCCCAUCUCAUAAGCGAUUGCCACGGAUGUUUUGAUCUUGAAAACGGUUUAGGCUACUUCGUUUCCGACUGUAAAAUAUAUUUGUCUGUAGGAGUCCCUCUGAGUUGCAUUUUAAUACUAUUUUCUCACUUCUCUUAUCCGAUUCUUACCUCACGGGGUAUCGGUUUCGUAUGAGUUUCUAGGACAUCCAGCAUACAAUGGCCUCCUAGCCUUUUAGCCACGAACUUAUCACAUGGUCACCAGUUUGUUGCCGAUCAAACGUCUCAAACAUUCGUAAUCCAGGUUUUUGGGUUGUUGUAUCAUUGAAACCGAUUUUCUGCUGAUGGAAGUUCGUCUUGUUGUUCUUUGUGGAACCACAAGGGUUAGUGAGAUAUUCAGUUUUCAGU